UACUGGAUACGGUACAUAUGGCAGCAGUCAUUCAGGGGCAAGUAAGAUACCAGCCUACAGUAAAUAUGGUGGCUCAGGAGGUGCUUCAGCUCCAACUACAUACUCUCGUUACGGGCAGCCAAGUGAUUCAUAUUCUUCGCGUGACAAAGGAGGCUACAGUGGUUACACAUCUGGAUCUGGCUACAUUUCUGAUUAUGGUAAAUCUGGCAAUAUUUCUGAUUAUGGUCGGUCGGUUUCGGGUUAUGGUUCCGGCUACGGCUCAGAUUAUAAGUCUGGUUACACGUCAGAUUAUGGACGUUCGGGUUAUGUAUCAGACUAUAAUAAAUCAGGUCACGCACCUGACUAUGGUAAAACAAAAUACAUUGGCCAGUCGUACAGUCCUUAUGGUCACGUAGCUGAUAAAUACCUUUCUGCAACCACAUCAAGGCCCUCCUAUGGCUCUUACUCUCGUAGCAUAAGUCGAGAUGAACCCAGCUAUGGUAAAAAUGCAUACUCCAGAAGCUCAAAUAAAAAUGACUUGGGAAGUAAUAGAUCUUAUAUUCCUUAUUCGCAAUCUACCAGCCGCGAGAAUGCCGCGUCGAAUUACUCCAGGGUAAACA